CUCGAGUUAUUAGCAAAGAAUGGCUGAAAUACGAGAUCAGUAUGGGAACCCAAUUCAGCUCACUGACGAACAUGGCAACCCAGACCAAUUGACCGGUGAACAUGGUCAUCCCAUGCACCUUACUGGUGUGGCCACCACAAAAAUCCAUGACGAACCAGAUAGAGAUACCACUGAGGGAACUUUUGCUAGUACUGCUGUUGGUGUUGGUGGUGCAAAAGAGCAUGAUCAGCAGCUGGAUCAACAGAAGCAGCGACAUGAGCUCGAGGUUUCUCGGUCCAGUAGCUCCAGCUCUGGCUCGUCUGAGGAUGAGGCAAGGUGAAAUUGAAGGACAAGGUGGGGAAGUUAGGAGAAGGAAGAAGAAGGGUUUAAAGGUGAAAAUAAAGGAGAAGAUAACAGAUGGGAAGAGCAAGGAGGAGCAGUCACGGACAGAGAGUUUUACAAGCACAGCCACAACCACCAUAUCCACUGGUGCCACCAGCCCUGGUGCUCAACCUGAACAUGAGAAGAAAAGUGUGAUAGAGAAAAUCAAAGAAAAAUUGCCAGGCCACCAUAGCCAUUAAAAAAGCUGUGUGUAAAUGUGCAUGUGCAUGUAAUUUGCUGUCUAUAAAGUUUGUUUCUUUUGCCGAGGUGUGCAUGUAGGUCUAGAUUUGUUAUGCAGGUAAUGUGAGCCUUUGGGUUGUAUUAAUAAAUUUAUUAAGUUUUUACUUCCAGGUAUUGACAUGUAAUAAAUUUGUUGUAAGUUCACUUUAAA